UUUUUCGGAUUGCAAAAACCGUUAGGGAAUCGAAAGAACUAAUCGCGGCGAGCUCUGCUGAGUGAAUGACAACGCGUCGCGCAGCUGAAACAGAAACAGGGACAGCCGACAGCCGACAGCCGACGGCCCAAACUUACAGAGCGAGCGCCAACAGUGGGCGGCCGAGCAACAAGCAGCGUGACAGAGAGAGAGAGAGAGCAGUCCAGCAGUGAUCCACGAUGGGGGGCGGUGAUGCAGACAACGGCAAGAAGAUUUUUGUACAGAAGUGCGCCCAGUGCCACACCGUCGAAUCGGGGGGCAAGCACAAGGUUGGCCCCAAUCUAAGCGGCAUUGUGGGACGCAAAUCCGGCUCUGCUCCGGGCUUCAAAUACACAGAUGCUAAUCAAAAGAAGGGCGUUGUUUGGAGCGAUUCGACGCUGGACGAGUACCUCAAGGAUCCAAAGAAAUACAUACCCGGCACUAAGAUGGUUUUCGCAGGACUCAAAAAGGCCGAAGACCGUGCCGAUUUGAUUGCAUACCUUAAAAAAAAUAAGUAAAACAUUUCGAAACAACAACUACACAUACACUAACACUAUCCCUACGUUAAUACCAAGAAUAUAAAUAUAUGCACACACCUGUGUCAAAAGUAGCUCAUUUGACCAACACAAUACAAACGUUAAUGCCAAGAAUAUAAAUGUAUACACACCUACUUCAAUUAGUUAACCCGCCCUACAUGAAAAUAACUGUCCAAAUAUCACAACACAACACAAAUGUUAUACGCUGAUUAACUGAUUCAAUUAUACACCACACUACACUGAUAUAAUGAUAUAUGGAGAGGAAAAGGUUUCCGCAAAAAGUGAAACCGCCUUACAUAUAAUCAUUUAAAUAAUACAUUGAGAUAAAAUAACUGUCCAAAUAUCAUAGGCUUACCGAAUUAGCACACAGAAUCAGAAAUUGUAUACGCUGAUUAACUGAUUCUACACUACACUACACUGAUAUAAUGAUAUAUGUAUACAGAGAAAAUGGUUCCCAACCAGCCCUAAAUCUUAUGAUGUAAUGUUAACAAUAUACACACAGAUAAAAAACAUACACUUACAGACUUAUACUAUAUACAAGAAAAUGAUUGUUAAACGUU